AUGUGGAUAGCAUUAUCUUUUUCUUUCUCCCAAAAUUCUGUGAACGCCCAAGAACCCAAAAUUCCAUACCCUUGGUUGGUUUUCAAUGACAAGGUUAAAGUGAAUUCAGUAUUUCUCCAGGAUUCAACUGCGGUAUCUGAUUCCGUGCUUCUCUUAUUUGGAGGAAAGAUUUCUAGAGGCGGCCUGGAUGGACACUUGAAAAUGUUGGGAGGAUACUUGGAGUUUUUCAUGAAACCUUCCUUGGCAGAUACAUAUCUAAGAUUGAACGCUAAGCUUGAAGAACUUAUUCAAAUGAAACUUUUGAAUUCCAAGCUGGAAAUAAAAAAUCACAAUGAGCUCCUGUCAGCGGUAAGACUAUUGGUAUCAGAGGAUCAAUGUGAAGGUAGAUUUGUUUUUGGUCGCCAGGUUCCAACAUCUUCAAAAAAGAUCACAAAAGAGAUGCUGCCAAGCACGCCCUUGAGAAGUAUUGAUGGCGGUGGUGAUAAUUCCAAGAACGAGCUCCAAACAUUGCUUGCCAAGGCUGGACACGGAGCACCCACCUACAAGACAACCCAACUGAAAAACAACAAGUUUCGUUCUACUGUGAUUUUUAACGGAUUGAACUUUGUUGGCCAGCCUUCCAACAAUAAGAAACUUGUAGAAAAGGGUGCAGCGGCUCAAGCUCUACAAUGGUUGACAGGUGAUGAAACUCGGUCACCUCAGGAAGCUGUUGAUCAUAUGGCAAUGCUUUUAAAGAAGAGCAAAAAGAAACGUCAAGUCAAUGCUACUAAGUGGAGGUAGUUGCUGCAAAGAAUUAGAACAAACAAUAUAAUGUCAUGAUUGCUUUGCGAAGAAAGAUGAGUUGUGGAAGUCAAUAUUUCUCGUCAUUUAUUUAUAAGCCAGAAGGGAAGUACUAGAUCAGAUGUAAGAUUGUUCCCGGUCCUUUCCAACCCUGGACAAAACCACCCUUCUAGAGAGGAAACUCGGAUUUUUACCUUUGCCAUUACAGACAUGGAAGUCAAUGUUUGGAUGCAGGCGGCACCUAUUUCAGCUCGAGGAUGAACUUGGUCCAGAAUUACUGCCGCGUCAGGUAGUUACUGUUACUUCUUGUAUCAUAUAUUUAUUCUUACUAUGAAAAAAUAGAAGAUAGGCCCUCACAGAAGAGAAGAGUUAGCUAGAUAUUGUUUUUGUAUAGAAUGAUUGCUAGCAUUCUGCAAAGAUUGUUGCAUUUUAUAUAGCAUUUCUUGCUUCUAAGAAACCUUU